GGUUGUAGUAGAGAUUUUCUCUAAAGAAUUGAAUCCCACAUGCUAAUGCUUCAUAAAUAGACUUGCAUUUGUAAAAAUGAUUAUAAAAUAGUCCUUUGCACAAAGAUUGAAGCUCAAAUUUUCCUUUAGUCUUCCAAAUUUUUUGGUCCAAAAAUAAAGUAACUUACUUACCGAGAAACUAAUCACAGAACCUUAUCUCACUAUAAUCGCCGAACUUUGCACAAGAUUCUGGGAGAAAGAUUGUAUGGAACUGUAUUCAUGCCUUCCGAGCUCUACGGAAUGCACUGGAAGGUCUCUGGAUUGAAUCUGCAUCUUUCCAGUUUGGAAACUUGCGCAACCUUGGAAAAUUCUUAUGAUAAGGCGUAGAGACAGUCGUUCCUUUAUCUUCUGAUUAUCUUGCUCAUCGAGUGUUUUUUUCCUCUGCUAUAUAAUGAUUCAGCUGAAUCCUUUUAAGUACACAAUUUCCAACAAGAGGAAGUGAAAAAAACUAGGUUGUUACUGUGAAGGCAUAUAUCCCACAGAAGACAAAGCCUGUGGAGUUUCAGUAACCAGGAAUAUUUGAUUCUAAUGCUUGUGAAAUUGGUGUCCAUCCAAUAAUCAAAAUCAAGGUAACCUGUAUUAUAUUGAGCAAAAUUUGCACACAAAUUAGUCAUGGAGAUGCAGUGCAAGGAUGGACCAGCGCCAUUGGGAAAACUGUUCAAGCAGGGUGCAGAGGGUAGAAUAUUUGAGAGUUUAUUUAUGGGAAGAAGGGCCAUUAUUAAGGAGCGUUUCUCAAAGAAGUAUAGGCAUCCUAUUUUGGAUUCAAAGUUGACCCUAAAACGUCUUUAUGGGGAAGCACGAUGCAUGACCAAGGCUAGAAGGCUUGGAGUGGCAACUCCCACUCUUUUUGCCCUGGAUUCUGAGAUGCAUACACUGACAUUUGAGUAUAUAGAUGGCCCUUCUGUCAAAGAGGUGCUUUUGCAAGCAGGGUCACUUCCUGGUUAUGGGGAACAAAUAGAGGACAUUGCUGUGCAGAUAGGUAGAGCUGUUGGACAGUUACAUGAUGGAGGCUUGGUGCAUGGCGAUCUAACCACAUCAAAUAUGAUAAUUCAUGGUGAUUCCAAACAGUUGGUCUUGAUUGAUUUCGGUCUUAGUUUCACCUCUACAUUGCCAGAAGAUAAGGCUGUGGAUUUAUAUGUACUUGAGAGAGCAUUGUUGUCAAUGCAUUCUUCUAAUGGGAAUGUUAUGGAAAGAGUACUUGCUUCUUACAGAAAAUCAUCAAAACAAUGGUCUGCUACCCUUAACAAGCUAGCUCAAGUUCGUUUGCGUGGUAGAAAGCGAACAAUGGUGGGCUGACAAUCACGAAGCAUUAUAAAUGCUAUCUAACUGUAAAUGCAUUAUAAAUGAUAUCUAACUGUAAAUUUGUUAGUGAUAUGAUUGUUUGCCAAUGUUCAAGAAACGUCUAGUCUGAUUCCAGGCUUUACAUCUUCUUAUUAAAAAUAAGCUUUUGUUAUUAAAUAUCGCGGCAUUCAACAUUACCUCACCGAUUAUGCAGAGCUUUUCUAUUAACAAAAGCUAACCAUUCUUGAACUCACAAUUGGGAAAAGUUAUAUUGUUAAGAUUUUCUAAAUGUUGUGUGCCUUGUAUUUUGAUAUCUCUGUACAUCUUCUGUAGAGUUCAAACAUUAUUUCAUCUAUAGGGAUAGACAACAAUAAGAGUGGAACUGCUACUUGAAAAAUUAGAUUCA